AUGUCUGGUAGAGGUAAAGGUGGUAAAGGUUUAGGUAAAGGUGGUGCUAAGAGACACAGAAAGAUUCUUAGAGAUAAUAUUCAAGGUAUUACCAAACCAGCUAUUAGAAGAUUAGCUAGAAGAGGUGGUGUCAAGCGUAUUUCUGGUUUAAUUUAUGAAGAAGUUAGAGCUGUCUUAAAAUCUUUCUUAGAAUCUGUUAUCAGAGACGCUGUUACUUACACUGAACACGCUAAGAGAAAGACUGUUACUUCUUUGGAUGUUGUUUAUGCCUUGAAGAGACAAGGUAGAACCUUAUACGGUUUCGGUGGUUAA